GAGCCACCCAAGUGCUCCUUUAGUCUCUUUUAAAACAUAUAAUCUUUGCAUGAGAUUGGACUUCAGUAUUUUCUGUUGUUCAUUUUCAUGUGGAAUUAAUUUGCCUGGAUAUUUAGAAGGGAGGCAGGAUUUAGAAUAGUUAUCUCUAAUUUCCGUGUUCUAGGCUGUACAUUCUAUUGAUGUUAGAAAGUUUUAAAAGACACAGUAACUCAUUUUCUGAGCUCUCCUGGCUCUGUUUUUUUUCUCCCACUUUCUUUUUUUUUAAGUUAGCUCUGUACCCAACAUGGGGCUCGAACUCACUACUCAGAGCACGUACCACUGAUGUAGCCAGCCGGGUACACCUUUCUCUCUCAUCUUCAACCAGACUUGCAUUUCUCUCAGUCUCUAUUUUCUCUGUCCUGUACAUUUGGUAUUCUAUUUCCAGUUGUUUCUCUCUAGGGUAUUUAGCCUAGAAGGGAGCUUUGGGUAGUGAGCCUUGAGAGUUCAUGGGGCCCAGACUGUCUAGGCCUUCUAGAAGCUCCCGCAAAGCCCUUUGCGGCUGUCUGCCAUUGGACUUUGCUCACCGCCUGGUUUCAGCUGCUUUUGUCACCCUGUCCCAUUGCUUCUCUCUGCUUCCUGCUUUGUACCUGCUCCCACCAUGGCGAUCCUGUAGCUGUCCGUGAUUUGUCCCCACUUGCUGGUAUUUUGGGGUUCAUUAGGAAUACCUCAUCACUCAAUCUUGUUAUAGACAUGGGUCUGGGUUUUGGUUUUGCUAUCCUACUUGCUCGUGUGUUUUUAUGGCGGGACACGGAAAGGUUAAAAAUCUUCGUCACUGCUGUCUUUUCGUAGUUGGACUCUUAAAGGGUUCUGUCACAGUACCUUGAGGCCUCUUUUUCCCUCCCUGGCGCUUGUCAUCAGUUUCUCCUUUGGUGCAUAGACACCUUGUUCACUGUUGAGUCAGGUGUAUCAACUGGGAAUAGAAGCACCUUUGCAAGUUUACCGGUUAUACAUUUGAUCAUGCAUUUACGUAGAAAUGUUGCACAUACUCCAUAAAGGAAGAUUUAAGGGGCGCCUGGGCGGCCCAAUUGGUGAAGCAUCUGACUCUUGACUUCUGCUCAGGUCAUGAUCUCGUGGCUCGUGAGAUCAAGUCCCGAAUCAGGCUCUGCACUCAGCUUGGAGCCUGCUUGGGAUUCUCUCUCUCCCUCUCUCUCUCUCUCUCUCUGCUCUGCCCGUCCCCACCCCCAUACUGUCCCUACCCCCUGCACUCACCGAAAGAAAAAAGAAAAGGGAGAUUUAAGGCAGGAGAUUGGUUUCUCCUUUUUAUAAUUGUUUUCUCUAAGAAAUUAUGUAGAAUUUAAAUCUGGAAGAAGGGGAAGAGGAGCCACUCUAUUCACAGGAUGUGAGAAUUUAGAACUUUAUGCCUCUUGGAACUUAUUCGUUAACAGGAGUUGUCGCUAGACCCGUAGCUGAAAGCGGGUGAUCUGAAAACUUUAAUUUGACUCCUCCUGCCCCACAGGAGUGUUGACUGGGGGCUGGGAGCACUUAGUGCCAAAAGGAACACAGCUGUAGAGUUGAGGGCAUAGUCUAGUUGGGGACAGAUCGAUACAUGAUUUAUUUUGUAAACAUUUACCACAAAUAAUUAAAACAAAACACGUAAGAUAAAAUAUCACGGUGACGUUGAUUCCUGACUUCUCCAGGAUGUCCCAUUUUUACGUAGUAUGUUUAGAUCCGUGUGUUGAUAGACCACAUCUGACACGACAUGGCCUCAUUUUUGUUUUGGAAGAUAAGGUCUCUCUUGGCCUAAUCAGAGUGUUUCAGGAGCAAGAAGAAAGUAACUGACUGUUCCAGACAUGGUUUUUGGCUCAGGGAUGACAGUUCCAACCCCUGCCCGUGAGGGCGCUUGGGGAAAAGGACGAUGGUGCUCCCAGGCCACGGUAGCAGGGCGGUGCUGUGGUUUGGGUCUGCUCUGGAAGCCAAAGGAAAGCACAGCAGAGGCGCUUAGCGGGAUGGUGCCUCGAGCCGCAGAAACGGAUUAUGGGAGCGACCGCCCUGGGGAGAAGGGCCCGUUCAGGUGGCAGAGACGCAGUCCUGCGCGAGUCUGACUCCUGCCCACUCGCCGGCCACCCUCCUCUCGCUCUGGAUGAUGUCAGAACAGGAUCUGGCGGACGUGGUGCAGAUUGCCGUGGAAGACCUGAGUCCUGGUCACCCAGUGGUCCUGGAGAACCAUGUGGUGACGGACGACGACGAGCCGGCCCUGAAGCGCCAGCGCCUGGAGAUCAACUGCCAGGACCCCUCCAUCAAGUCGUUCCUGUACUCCAUUAACCAGACAAUCUGCUUACGGUUGGAUAGCAUCGAGGCCAAGCUGCAAGCUCUGGAGGCCACUUGUAAGUCGUUAGAGGAGAAGCUGGACCUGGUCACGAACAAGCAGCACAGCCCCAUCCAAGUCCCCAUGGUGGCCGGCUCCCCCCUCGGCGCGACCCAGACGUGCAACAAAGUGCGAUGCGCCGUCCCCCAGACUACAGUAAUACUCAACAGUGAUCGGCAGAGCGCCAUUGUAGCCAAGAUGGAAGAACCCUUGGGCAACAGGGCACCGGACCCCCUGGAAAGUACCGUUAGCAACGCGGUGCCCGGGAGACGGCAGAACACCAUUGUGGUGAAGGUGCCGGGUCAGGAUGACAGCCACAACGAGGACGGGGAGAGCGGGUCCGAGGCCAGCGACUCCGUCUCCAACUGUGGACAGUCGGGAAGUCAGAACAUUGGGAACAACGUCACCCUCAUCACCCUGAACUCGGAAGAGGACUACCCCAACGGCACCUGGCUGGGCGACGAGAACAACCCGGAGAUGCGGGUGCGCUGUGCCAUCAUCCCGUCCGACAUGCUCCACAUCAGCACCAACUGCCGCACCGCCGAGAAGAUGGCGCUGACGCUGCUGGACUACCUCUUCCACCGGGAGGUGCAGGCCGUGUCCAACCUCUCGGGCCAGGGCAAGCACGGCAAGAAGCAGCUCGACCCCCUCACCAUCUACGGGAUCCGGUGUCACCUUUUCUAUAAAUUUGGGAUCACGGAGUCCGACUGGUAUCGAAUCAAACAGAGCAUCGACUCCAAAUGUCGGACAGCCUGGCGGCGAAAACAGCGAGGCCAGAGCCUGGCCGUCAAGAGCUUCUCGAGGAGAACGCCGUCCUCGUCUUCGUACGGCGCUUCAGAGACCGUGAUGAGCACGCCGCCCCCCGCCAGCGAGAUGCCGCAGCCUCCGCCACAGGCCCUGCACUACGCCCUGGCCAACGCCCAGCAGGUCCAGAUCCACCAGAUCGGAGAGGACGGACAGGUCCAAGUAAUCCCACAGGGCCACCUCCAUAUCGCACAGGUGCCACAGGGCGAGCAGGUGCAGAUCACGCAAGACAGUGAGGGCAAUCUCCAGAUCCACCACGUGGGACAGGACGGGCAGGUGCUGCAGGGGGCCCAGCUGAUAGCCGUGGCCUCUUCCGACCCUGCUGCCGCGGGGGUGGACGGCUCACCUCUCCAGGGCAGCGACAUCCAGGUCCAGUACGUCCAGCUGGCUCCGGUGACUGACCACACCGCUGCAGCUCAGACGGCUGAGACCCUGCAGCCCACCCUGCAGCCGGAAAUGCAGCUUGAGCAUGGAGCGAUCCAGAUCCAGUAGGCGGGCCGGGCCACCCACCCACAACAGAACCUAAGACAGAGCCGCUGCCGUGCUCGGCGCCGGCCCCGGCCAGCCACCCUGUUCUCCACGCGCCCUGGUCCCAUGGCUUUGCACGGAGGUGACUGCACGUGCUCUGUUCGAGUGCAUCUGAAAGCCUCACCCGCCGGGGAGAGUGUCCCAAUGCAUACAAGGUGACAGUAACGGCCGCUGCCCCUGCCGGAAGACCCUUACUUUUUGUCCCACUGUCGGCGUCUAGAGAAGAGUGGGGAGGCACAGCGUGCGUUGCAUCGAGUACGUGCGGAAAAUCAAGAACUACGAUAUUUUUCUCUGUUCAAACAGCUUUUUUAAUUUGCUAUGGUGUUUAUAACAAAAAAGAAAAUUGAAAAAAAAAUGGAGUAGCAGAAGCCUUUUGCUGUGUGCUCUGUUCAGUGUAACGAAAAUAGGUAUUUGCAGAAGACAACUAACGAUUUUGAUGGAAAUAUUGCUUACCUACUUUUCUAGGGGGAAAUGCUCUCAGAACUGUUAAUUAUGCAUUUCUAAUGAAAUAAAAUGUAUUUAUGACCACA